CAAAGAGAGUUUUCUAUAUGUGGUUGCAUUUGUCUCCAGAUGCAGACGUCCCACCGGUGAUGGAGGUACAGUCUGGGGACGAGGUCCCUGAAGUGCCUGAAUCGCCUCCGUCCAUCUCUCCUGGCAUGGUUGAUUGGAUAAAGCAUGGCUUUGAGAAGAUAAUUCCUCAGCCUGAACUUCCAGGCCCUGCCCACUGCCCACCAGUGAAAGUUACCGCACAGCCACCGGAGGCACAGAAGGCAUCAGAUGAAGAGACUAAUAUGGUUGGCUGGUUUGUGAAGGGACUGGGCCGCAUGGUACCACAGCCGGUGCUCAGACCGAGAGACGACACCUCAGAAAUAACAGUUGUGCAAAACAUCUGCAUCUGCCAGCAGCCUGACCACUUGGUGGUGGAGGAGGUAGAGGAGGAGGUGGAGGAGGGCGGGGAGACAGAACAGCAGGAGAAGCCCCAGGACCUGCAGGAGGAGUCGCGCGAGCCGACCCAGGUGCUGUCCACACAGCAGGAGGAAAUGGAGACGCACACGGAGGCGACCACGGUAACGCUGGAGAACAGUCAGGAGCAACUAGAGGCUGGAAGUGGGGAGGUUAAGCUAGACAGUCAAGCUGAGGAGAAUGCUCAACCUGAGGAAGACCAGGCUGUGAAGCUGGUCGAGGAGAGCGGUCAACCUGAAGAAGACCAGGCUGCGAUGCUGGUCGAGGAGAGCGGUCAACCUGAGGAAGACCAGGCUGCGAUGCUGGUCGAGGAGAGCGGUCAACCUGAGGAAGAGCAGCCCGCACAGGUGGCCGAGGAGGCCACUCAAGCAAGUAGCGCAGAGCAAUCGGCCAAUAUCCAGGAGGAAGAGAUGAAAGAGGUUUCUCAGUGUCUGGAGGAUAUGGACCCUGCAGAAGGCACCCCUCCGCUGCUGGUCUCCACGGAGACUGAACCCACAGUGCCAGAGUCAAAGGAGGCGGAGCCAGAGAACUCUGUGAAAAGAGACUCGCUGGUUCUGGUGUCCACGUCAGGGGAUAAACCUGAGCCCAGCGUAGUGACCAAGCAGCCUGAGCCUACGAAGGAGGUGCAUCCUCCCUCACCCAUUGCCCAGGACGAUGAAACUGCCGAUGAGGGGUGUGGAGUGCCCACCAGCUGCAUUGCUGUGAGGAACUGGCUGAUGCAAAUGCCCCACACGUCAGAGUGCCUGGCCAACUUCAACCGGCUUUUGCAAGACAACACCAUCACAGUCCCCAAGAUGCCCUGCAAGCCUUCGCUGGGCCUCACGUGCGGGAAUCUGCCCCAUCUGCCCCAUCUGCCCCAUCUACCCCCUCAGCUCUCCCAACUGCCCCAGCGGGUUCAGCAGUACUACUUCAACAUCCUCAACAAACUCAACAGCCUCAACCCUCAGCAGGAAACCUAAGACCAGCUCCUCAUUACACCCAGGCCCCUCCCCCUCCUGUGUCAGAGGCUCAUCUUUGCCCGCCUCCCAUUGGCCCCCUGAUCUCCACUUGCUUCCCAUUCGCCCCUGAACCUUGCCUGCCUCCCAUUGGUUCCCUGAUUCUCACCUGCCUCACAUUAGCCCCCUGAUUCACCCCUACCUUCCGCACUUCACCUCUGAUUGCCGUCCAGGUGGACUGGCUGCCCACUCCUGUGCCUUCCUGUACUGCACUGUACUGCUGCUAUCUCAGCCAUGGAUGGACACACGUGUCCUUUUUUCUCGGAUACGUUUUAAGAAUUUCAUGGCAAAGAGAGCAUUCACAUCAACCAACUGGGAGUUGAAGCAAAAGAGACUGUGUUUCCUUACCCAAGAACACUAGCGGUUGGCUGGCUUGCUAGUGAACAAAGGUGGACUCUGCAAAUGUUUUGUGUCACCCAGCUGCCAUAGGAACAUUAAAUAUUCAAGGUCCCUGCACUAUUCUCCAGAUAACGUCCUUACCGUCCCUUAUGUCCCCAUGGAAACUAAAAGAACACUGGUAACGACAAACGAUGAAGAGGCAAAGCAGACGGGCAUUGACACUGAAUUACCUGAG